CCCACCCCCAAAACAGUCGUAAGUCAGUCGGGCCCCUCCAAAACUUGCGAUUGAGUCACCCACCAAGAUUCCCCGCGGGCCGUUUUUACUACCUUAAAUCGGGUUCCCCUCUGCGCAAUUGGAAGCCAGGUGAAUGCAGAUCCAGGUGAAGGUUUUCUCGAGGUCCGCCCGACCGGCCUACCGACUGACUUUUCUUUCUCAAAGCCCAAUUCCACCUCCUCUUUGGCUUAAAAGCAGCAUCGUCGCCCGAAGCAGACCCAGUUGUCGCGCAAUUUCUUCGUCGCCCUUUCGUUACCAGAUCGAUAGCGAACAGUUACCCACCAUGGCGCCCAAAUCGAAGUUCGAGCUGAAGACCCCCAAGGGCACCAAGGACUGGUUCGGCAAGGACAUGCUUAUCCGCGAGAAGAUUUUCUCGCAACUGAAGGGCGUUUUCCAAAAGCAUGGUGGCAUGGAACUUGACACCCCCGUUUUCGAGCUGAAGGAGAUUUUGUCCGGCAAGUACGGCGAAGACUCAAAGCUCAUCUACGACCUUGCCGACCAGGGUGGUGAGCUCACCUCCCUGAGAUACGAUUUGACAGUCCCUUUCGCACGAUGGCUCGCCAUGAACAAGGACAUUCAGAGCGUCAAGCGCUACCACAUUUCAAAGGUCUAUCGCCGUGACCAGCCUGCCAUGAACAAGGGCCGCAUGCGCGAAUUCUACCAGUGCGAUUUCGACAUCGCCGGCACCUACGACUCUAUGCUCCCGGACGCCGAAAUCAUCCGAAUCGUCGUCGAGGUCUUUGAAGGCCUCGGCUGGAACGGAAACUACACCAUCAAACUCAACCACCGCAAGAUCCUCGACGGUAUUUUCGAGGUGUGCGGUGUGCCCGAAGACAAGAUCCGGACGAUAUCAUCCGCCGUUGACAAGCUCGAUAAGCUCCCCUGGGCGGAUGUUCGUAAGGAAAUGACUGAAGAGAAGGGUCUGGACGGAGAGGUUGCGGACAGAAUCGGCGAGUGGGUAGUCCAAAAGGGUAAGCAGGACCUGCUCCGCAAACUGCAGCGGGAUGACAAGCUCUCGGCCAACGCCUCCAUGAAGGCCGGCAUGGCUGACCUGGAGCUCCUGUUCAACUACCUCGAGGCCUUCGGUGCCCUUGACAGAGUGUCGUUUGACCUCUCUCUUGCCCGUGGCCUGGACUACUACACGGGCGUCAUCUAUGAAGUUGUCACGGAAGGAUCAGCACCUGCUGCUAUCCCUGACGCGGACGACAAGACAGUCAAGUCCAAGAAGAAGAGCAAGAGCAAGGACAAGGACGACGAGGACCGCUCUGACGAUCCUAGCGUCGGUGUUGGCAGUGUCGCCGCCGGUGGACGCUAUGACAAUCUUGUCGGCAUGUUCUCUGGCAAAACCCAGAUUCCAUGCGUUGGUGUUUCUUUUGGCAUUGAAAGAAUAUUCAGCAUCACCAAGGCCAGGAUGCAGGCCGAGAGCGAAGCCCCUCAAAGCACGGUUGACGUCUUUGUCAUGUCCUUAGGAUCCAAGGCCGGUCUGAUCAAAGAGCGACUUGAGGUCUGCUCGAAGCUGUGGGAUGCGGGCGUCAAGGCCGAGUUUCUGUACAAAGUAAAGCCCAAGCUGCCGCCGCAGUUCAAGGCAGCGGAAUCCAACGCGACGCCGUUUGCCAUCAUCCUCGGCGAUGACGAGGUGCAGAAGGGUGUAGUCCGGAUCAAGGAGCUGGGUCUGCCCGAGGGCCACCCUCAGAAGGACGGCGAGCUUGUUGAUAUGGCGUCGCUCGUCCCUGAGGUGCAAAAGCGUCUGUCACGAAAGCGCGAGCUUGAUGGCCUCGCCAGACAGGCCGAGGGCCUGAGGGUCGUAGGUGGUAUGCGGGGUGAGGACAUCAAGCCAGCAUCUGCGUCGGCCAAGGUGGUUGAGGAGCCCGCCGCUGGUUCUGCCGCCGCUGCUCCGGAGGGAGAGAAGCUUGCGGAGACGACCGAGGAGAGUAAACCCGCGCCGAACGCAUAGGCGGAUGGCGAAUGAAUCACUAGAAAGCAAAAACAAAAUAGACAACUGGGAAAUCAUCUCUGCUAUCACACCCAAAGCGGUGGUUGUCUGUUUAUUUUCGAACAAGAUUCCUUCUUUGGCACCGGAUUUAAAUUUAACCUCGUGU